AUGCCACCAAAGAAAAAUGUUAGGAAGAUGGACCUUGGGUCCUUUUUGAACGACGAGUCCGUCGGAGGCGGCUCGUGGGCCGACGCAGAGGUCGACAUGUCGUCGAUCGGCGUGCCCACAUCGUCGACGGCCGCUCCCGUGAGCCAGAGAGCCAACGAGUUUGCAGAACAGUACCCCAGAAGAGAAAGAGAGGAGAUCCCCAUUCCAGACGCUCCUCCUUACAAGGCUCGUGUAGGAAACUUGCCGUACGACGCCACCGAAGGAGCGUUGGCCCGUUUUUUUGAAGACAGGUUGCAAGCCAGAGACAUUGUGCAAGAGGUGAAGUUGCCCAUGGACAACAUGACGGGCCGCAUCAAAGGGUUUGCGUUUGUCACCUUCAGUGAGAGAGCCGCGUUGGAAGAAGCGUUGAACUUGACCAUGUCGGAGUUCAACGGCAGAAAAAUGUACGUGAACGUUGCCGCCCCACAGAAAGCCGAUGUGUUCGACUUGGACUGGAGACUGGCCCGAGGCCCACCAUCUGGAGGCAGAAGAGGCGAGCGCGAAGAAGUCGACUUGGACUGGGGCGCCGCCAGAUCGUCAGGCCCAGCUGUUGGCAGCGAGCGUGGCAGCGGGUUUGGCGCCGGCAGAGAGCGUGGGCCCAGAGGCCCCAGGAGAGAGGAACCAGAAUUGGACUGGGGCGCGGCGCGGUCUGCCUCGGGCGGGUUGCCUCCCAGAGAGCCCAGAGAGAGAAAACCAAGAAGGGAGGAGCCCGAGUUGGACUGGAGCAGCGCGCGCAACGCCCUGGGGCCAUUGCCCGCCAGGGAGAGGAAACCCAGAAGAGAGGAGCCUGAGUUGGACUGGUCGGCUGCGCGGUCUUCGACAGGCCCAUUGCCUCCACGCGAGAGACAGGCUCGCAGAAAGCCCAAGGAGGACGACUUGGACUGGAGCUCUGCGAGAGGGAGCGGGUUGAGGAAAGACAGAGAAGAAAAGAAGAAGGACGCGGCGCCAAAGAGCAAGAAGGAGGAGAGCGGGCCGCAGAAGUCCUUGUACGACGUCUUGUCCCUAGACGACGAGGGCAACGGCGACGAGGAGCAGAAGGAGACCGGGCUCGAGGAGAAGGUGGCCGGUGUGCAGUUGGGCGAGAAGAAAGAUAACGCGUGGAACGUUGUGGGCAAGUAA